CUCCGGAGCAACUUACUCACCGACGCGCAAACAAACUCGCCUUUCAGCCCGCGACCCGUGGCCGUGCAUCAUCAUCAUCACCUUCACCAAUGUCGUCGACCGAAGCAUCAGCCCCUUCCGCGCCGCGCCUUCGUGUCCGCCGAGCCACGCGGGAUGACGCGGGGGCGAUCGCGAAGGUGCACUUCGAGGCCUUCGGGCCGGGGGUGAUGAACAGGCUGAUGCACCCGGGCGGGGUGAGCGAGGAUUCACGGACCAGGUUCGCCGGGUCGAUAUUUCCUCCGCCGGGGGAACAGCAGCCCGCCGACGCCUUUGUCGUGGUGGCUGAGCUCGAGGAGGACGGGGGUGGGCGGGACCCCGUGAUCGUGGCCUUCUCAAAGUGGAAGCUGGUCAGGGAGCAGCAGCCCCCCGGGGAGUGGGAGAAGGAGGGCGCGCGCGACAUGACGGCGGAGCAGCUGGGCGAGGGUGCCGAUGCCGUCGUGUAUAACGAGUUCAUGGGCGGGUUGCACCGGAUGAGGGCGCGCUGGAUCAAGGGCGAGCCGCACCUACAUCUGGGCAUCCUGGCGGCCACGCCGACCCGCCACCGGCUCGGGGCCGGGUCAGCGCUGCUCAAGUGGGGCUGCGAGCUCGCCGACAGGGAGAAGACGACGGCAUGGCUGGAGUCGUCGCCGGUAGGGUACUCUCUGUACAAGAAGUUCGGAUUCGAGCCGGUCGAGGUGGCCGACCUCAAGCUGACCUCACUGUGGGGCGCGGUCAACAGCGAUGGCGAGAACUGGGGUGGUGCAAACGCGGUCGAGGUGGGUGGUGAGCUCCCCGAGGGCAGCUUCAGGUCUGUCAUGAUGAAGAGGUUGCCCAAAACGUCAUGAGGGAUACGAGUCGUGUGGGCUAUGGACGUUGGAAAGGUCCCAUCGUGGGGGCCGUUCACG